GCCGUCCGCUGCAUCCGUGAUUACGUUCACCUUCACCCGCGUGCGCUCUCUCUGUGCGACGACUGUCCACUGGGUUCGCUACCGCCGCCACCGUCGCCGUGCCCUACGCCAGGUGCAGAGGCCUUUCGUCGGUCUCUUCGCCGGCGGCGAGCUUCCACAAGGUGCUACGCACGCAGUACAUUUUCCAAGAGAUUUUGGUGUUGAACUCACCCAUGACACAAGCUAAGCCUGCCCCUGGUGGCAAGAGGAACUGGAGCAGUAGUGGGACUGCCGCUGGAAGGAAGAACAAGGAUAGAGGAGAUGACAAAGCAAAAGGAACCAGGGUUGCUGGUUGGAACAAGGGCGACAAGAAGAAAGAAGACAGAGGGCGCCAAGUAAGCGUGGGAUCGACGAGGGGACGGAGUGAGGGAGUGCCCCGGGUUGGUAUGAAGAGGGCUGUGUCUGGGCUUGACAGGAGGAAAAGGAAGAUCGAUGACGACUCGUGGGAUGGUGGUGGCGGUGGUGGCAAGAAUGUUUCGUCUUCCAAAUCAAGGUUUUCCAGAAAGACUGCUUCCACGAUAAGCCACCGAAAGGUUUCUCCUGGAAAAGAUGACAGAUUGAAGUCUCAGAGUUUGUAUGAGGAUGACUACCGUGCAGGGAAAAGGAGUACCAGCAAAGUUUCUGAUAUUAGUAGAGGGAUCAAGAGUCGACUGGUGAACUCUGUAGCAUCCAAAGGGAAGAAGUUCGAUGCAACCAAAGAAGUCAGGCGUACAAAGAAGGGUGGUGCUAAAGAAGUUGAUUUGGAUGAGGAAGCUGCUGAUAGCAACAAGUCAGAUGACUCGGGUCUUAUUACUGAAGAAGAGAAGCCUCGCCCUCGCCUAACUCGAGUACUGGACCGGACUGGGAAGAAAAUAAAGCCUGCUAAGAAGGUUGUAGUUCCUGACAUUGAGGAACCUGCUCCUCCUAAGAAGAGAAAGCGAAUGAAGCUAGAUCCUUAUGAUACUUCGAACAAAAGGAUUGAAGAUUCUCCUAUCCAGGAUGUUUCCAGUGCAGCGAAGGUUCUCGUGAAUUGUACACCUGAAGAAGAGACUGAAAUGUCAAUAAAUGCAAAAUUUCGUGCUAUACAGCCAAGUUCCUCAAUCCUUUCAUAUGUGGAAGAUAAUUUACUAGGUCGUAGGCGUUUAAAUGAGAUAAAAAAUGCUGGCUACAAUGUCAAGAUUUCUUCUCCUCUGGAUAAUGUUCCUUUCUCAACCAGCACAGAACGUGAACGCAUAGAAGAAAGUGAGUUCAGAAAUAAGCUGGAGUUCUUUGCUGCUGCAAAGAUCUCUUCCUCAUUCCCCGCUCCAACGCUCCCAGAGAUAGCAUUUGCAGGUGUAUCAAAUGUUGGUAAAUCCUCACUCCUCAAUUCACUUACAAGACAGUGGGGUGUUGUGCGAACAUCAGAUAAGCCUGGACUUACUCAGACAAUAAAUUUCUUUCGACUUGCAUCAAAGUUAUGUCUUGUUGAUUUACCUGGAUAUGGUUUUGCUUAUGCAAAGGACGAAGUUAAGGAGUCGUGGGAGGAGCUUGUGAAGGAAUAUGUUUCGACCAGAGUUGGCCUAGAAAGAGUGUGCCUUCUUGUUCACACUAAACGAGGAAUGAAACCAUUGGACUAUGAGCUUGUAGAUUUAAUGGAAAGGCACAAGACGCCAUACCAGAUUGUACUGACAAAGACUGAUUUAGUUUUCCCAAUAGAUGUCGCUCGCCGUGCCAUGGAAAUCCAAGAGAGCCUGAAGAGGAACAAGUCAGUGGUAAACCCAGUGAUGAUGGUGAGCUCUAAAACAGGAGCUGGCAUCCGCAACCUGAGAGGGGUGCUGGGAAAGUUAGCUCGCUUCAUCAAACCGUAGCAAAAGCUGCAGCCAACUUUGGACUCUGCAUCAGUGGAGACCGUGGGAGGAGAUUUGCAUCGGGCUGUCUUAAGUAGGUGCUGUGCUACGUCAACGCUCUAAACAGUCCACCGGCAGAAGCUUUGGCUGCAUCAGUUGAGACUAUCCAGACUUGCAGCAAGCAUUCCUAGGAAGGUUAUGAUUUGUAGCCUAGCUGUAUCACAGGCUCAGAUUCAGGUAGGAUUGAACUGUUCAACUUUUGAGUGGAUUAUGCGAUGCAGGGAUCACACUCACAGAUUAAUUCCAUGAAAUAAUUGGGUUUCACCAUUUGGAUAGUGCCAAAUUGCACCUUUAAUCUGUUAUGCAUCGUUCCUUGAUGUACAAUACAUCUUCAGUGGUGAUUCAUCAGUCAUUGAUGUUUCAUGUUCUGAGGAAAAGUUAUACCGCUUGCCGUGUAAA